AUGUAUAGCAUGAUGAUGGAGACGGACAUGCACUCCCCCGGCGGAGCCCAGGUCACCACCAACCUCUCGGGCCAAACCGGAGCCGGGGGAGGAGGAGGAGGAGGAGGCGGCGGCGGCGGCGGGGGCCCCAAGGCUAACCAAGACCGGGUCAAGAGGCCCAUGAACGCCUUCAUGGUUUGGUCUCGGGGCCAGCGCCGGAAGAUGGCCCAGGAAAACCCCAAGAUGCACAACUCGGAGAUCUCCAAGCGCCUGGGCGCCGAGUGGAAAGUCAUGUCGGAGGCCGAGAAGAGACCCUUCAUCGACGAGGCCAAGCGGCUGCGGGCGCUGCACAUGAAGGAGCACCCGGAUUAUAAAUACCGGCCCAGGAGGAAAACCAAGACUCUGCUCAAGAAGGACAAGUACUCGCUGGCCGGAGGGCUGCUGGGCGCCGGCGGCCCCGGCGGAGGCCCUCCGGUGGCCAUGGGCGUCGGCGUGAGCCCGGCCGGCGUGGGCCAGCGCUUGGAGAGCCCCGGCGGAGGCGGCCCCGGCGGCGGGGAGGCGGCGGCGGCGGAGGCGGCGGCGGGGGCUACCCGCACAUGA